UCUAGAAUAUUUUAGACAAACAGUCAUCGUUUUGAAGAUAAUUAAAUAUUCUGUUUAUAUUGUUGAACUCAAGUGGAGAAGACGGAACGCUCGAACGACGCGAUUUAUUGCUUGGCGAACAAACAAACCGCCAUCGACGCGAUCGUUGAUUUAUCGCGUUCUACAGCGACCAUGUUUUCCUUUUAAGAAUAAACCGCGACCAUAUAGAGAAUACGAAGUCAGUGCGUUGAGCGUUCGAGAACAGAGAGAUAGCGACGCUUUAUCUGUUUCAAUGGUUCUCGAUAUUAAUUAUGACGGAGACACCUGGUAUUGUGACGUCAUCACACGGUUGCCAUGACGACGAGGAUAAACAGGAAGUUAAGGACGGUUCGAUUAUGACAUCAUAUAAGGACGACAUCUGCUUGUCACGUCAUAAUGAAGAUUCAAGAAACAUGGAAUUGUUCGAAACAGCGACGAUCGCGAAACAAAGUAUGACGUCACAAUCUACUGUUAUGUCACCGGAUAUGACGGAAUAUACGCAAAGUGACGUCAACACUGGGUCUGAUUGUGACGAAAGCGUUCUAUCCGUGACGUCAUCAACAAACGCGGUACCAGCGAUUCAAGAAUCCGCAAUCACUUCGAACGUCGACGUUCAUUCUUCAAGUUGUGAGGUUCUAGAAAGUGACGUUAUUGAAAGUGACGUCAUAGAACGUGACGUAAUAAGCUCAGGAGUGAUGUCACAGUCAGUUUAUUGUGGAAACGGAUUGGAAUCGCGUUCCAUUGUCUCGGAACAAUUAUCGGCGGAAUCGAAGCCUACGUCAGCGCUGUCCCUACGUCAUAUCCUGUCAUCCAGCCCAUCACAGCAAUCCAAUGAUGACGUAUCGGUUGCUAAUGGCAACCUAGUGACGUCAUCAAGGUCGCUAGGAACGAACAGAUGGCAGAAUGCGGUACGAAUGCUGGCAACCAAUCAUAGAUCACCACGUGUCUAUGAAGACCUCACCAAACCGGAUGUUGCGACAAUCAAACAAAUGAACACAAAAAUUUUCAAACGCCGUGACGUCAUGAAAAGUUUGGCCAUCCCCGGUGGGGGAACUCCCGCCCCUCGGAGAAAUCAAAUCAACCCGAUGACGUCAUCUCGUCCUAUGACGUCACAAUCCAGCACUUUCCAAUCACCGUUUACGAGCCCAAGUAUUUCUUCGAAUCGAAAAUUCCCGGAAGUGACGAAAGAAGAUAUUAUGUUAGAUCAUAAAUUCGGGUUUCUGUUCCGUGGUAUUUUAUUUCCAACUUUGUUCAACCGAUUUCACCCAAAAUCGCUUGAAAGUUUGUACAACAGAUAUUUCUACACGGAGAAGCGGAGGUUACAAAUAGCGGUGACGACGAUCGCUAUUCUAAUAAAGAUACUUAUGUUUGUGGUGCAUGGAGUCGGUUCUACUAUGACGUUGACAAUCGGGUUAAUCAACGGGAUUUCUCUUCUUUGUCAUUUUUCGAUUCUUAUCGCGGUGCUGUUUAUGACGUCACGGGAAAACAAGAAAUCGUAUCUCUAUCUCAGAAUAAUCGGUGUAUUAUCAUGGACAUGCAUGACUGCUUACGACCAAGCGAUCAUAUAUACGUCAUCAACUUUCCAAAGAUCACGUGUGUCUCAUCUAAGCGACGGGACGACUUUUCUAUUGUUUAUUAUCUUUGUGACGUAUACAAUGUUGCCGUUGCCGCUUCACUGGUCGAUGACUUGUACCAUUGUUUCGUCACUUUCCAAUCUACUCGGUCGGGGAAUCACCUUGAAUGUGACUGGUGGGAAUCCCUCUGAUGACGUCAUUGGUUACCACGUCACUGCCGUCGUAAUGUUGGUUUUAUGCGUCCACGUGGUGGGGCUAUGGAUCAGUUUUUUGAUUGACAGGUCAAGGAGAGGAACAUUUAUCGAAACGAGAGAAUGUAUAAAGACGAGAAUUAAACUUGAAAAAGAAAAUCAUAACCAGGAACGAUUGAUAUUAUCCGUCAUACCACGCUUCAUUGCGCUACAAAUGAUCAAUGAUAUCUCGAACACGAUUGGUCCGUUUGAAUUCAUACCAAAAGUUGGCGGGAUAUCAAGAUCGAAAAAUCCGAUUUAUGUUCAAAAGUACAACAAUGUCAGCAUAUUAUACGCUGACGUCAAAGGAUUUACGAAACUAUCUACCCUUAUGACGUCACAAGAGCUUGUCGCUACUCUGAACGAAUUGUUCGCGAGGUUCGACGGGUUAGCACAACGUCACAACUGCUUACGUAUCAAGAUCUUGGGUGAUUGUUAUUAUUGUGUAUCUGGCUUGCCCGAGCCACGCCCCGACCACGCCCACACUUGUGUGGAGCUAGCACUUGGUAUGAUUGACUCGAUAAAGAAAGUGAGAUCUUUGUAUAAAAGGAAGCUGGACAUGAGAAUAGGAAUACACACGGGAUCAGUACUAUGCGGAGUUAUAGGACAUCAUAAAUGGCAGUUUGACGUUUGGUCGGCCGACGUGGAUAUCGCUAACAACAUGGAAGCCGGCGGGAUACCUGGUCGCGUUCACAUAUCGGAAGCCACUUAUAAAUGUUUGGGAAACGAUUAUGAGGUGGAACCAGGAGGAGGCGGAUCUAGAAGCCAGUACCUAAAGGAACACAACAUUAAAACUUACUUAAUAAUUGAUCAAAGAAACAGAAGAUUGAAUUUAAACGGGGAUCGCAAAUGUUUUCUUUCUAUUUCGAAUGAGUCGACAUCACAAUCCCCAACAAAUCGAUCAUUAUUACAUCACAGUGGUGAAACAUCAACCAUUACAACUGAAAAUGAUUCUUUACAAACGAACCCCAAAUUUCUGCGUCGCGUGCGGAAACAUAUUGCUGCCAAAAAACGGGAUAAAUUGAUCAAAAUUUCAAAAGAUGAAAAAGUUGAAACUGUUUCAAAAAAAUCUCCAAGUAGUAUUGAUGAUGUCACAAUGUGCUCAACAAAUGACAUUUUCGACGUCGGAUCCUCAAGGGAGGCAUGGGGUGGGCGUGUUGGGGAGUCAUGUGGGCGUGGCGAUGUGAGAAGUGGGCGUGGCGAGCCUAAGAGACGAAGAUUAACAGAAUCUGGGUGGAGACCGGAACUCCCGUUUGAAAAUAUCCUGAGAAGUCCGAACAUCGGGGCGAGGAAGAAUAAUGUGUACCAAGCCACCAAGAGCGUCACUUCACUAUCGUUGCUACCUCGUAACUUAGCAAUGUCCGUGUCACGGAGAUCCGAUUACGAUGAAAUAAACGCUCGUCUUGAACGAGAUAUUUCCAACAGCACAUUUGACCACUUGGGGGAGACAAACAUUAACCGGGUGAGCAUUUAUUACACGGACCCCAACCUUGAACGACGGUACUCCAUGUUACGCGACGAUCUGUUCAAAUCCAACCUCAUACUUGCUGUUGUCAUAAUGAGUAUUCUACUUAUUCUACAAUUCAUUAUCCCCCCACCAAGUUUGACCCAGCCAAUCAUCAUCCUCGUAUUGUUCCUCGUGGUAACCAUGUGUAUCGUCAUGGUAACGGUUGCCGAGGAAUACGUGUCACUUCCUGCUUUCGUUCAAACACUAAGUUGUCAUAUACAAGAAACACAAUUUGCUCGUUACAUCAUAAUGUGUAUUGUCUUCAUUCUAAACAUCCUUGCUGCUAUUAUUAAUAUGUUAUCGUGUGGUUGGGUUCAAAGUUCACCUGAACAUUACUUCGUCAAAGAUUUCGUUUGCAAUCAAACUAGUGAUGUCAUCAACACAUCAUCAAUGACCUCAUCGAUGACAUCAUCAGCUAUAUAUUACAACUUGCCGGGCAAUUCAGCGUGUUUAUAUCCCUCGUUUUUUUACAUGAAUGGUAUGCUAUCCAUGCUCACUUGCGCUGUCUUCUUGAGAGUUCACAAUAUUGGGAAACUGUUACCUUUGUUCAUUGUUUGUCUCGCUUACACAAUAAUCACCAUUGUUACGUAUCAAUAUGUAUUUGUGGAUUACGCCACUAGGGCGGCGCUAGAAGCUAACCCGUGCGGGACAAGCAACACGUGGGUUGACGUUGCCACCAACUUGACUGUGUUGUUUUUAUUCGCUGGUGUACUUUAUUAUCAAGGCAGACGUGUCGAAUAUACAACUAAACUCGAUUUCCUGAGAAAACUACAGGCGAUGGAGGAGGUAAAUGGUAUGCAGAACUUACAAAGUCAUAAUUACCAAUUAUUGCGCAAUAUCCUCCCAGAACAUGUCGCGCAACAUUAUCUUGGACAAACAAAGAAUCAUGAGGAAUUAUACUCACAAGCGCACUCGUGUGUCGGAAUAAUGUUCGCGUCAAUCGUCAACUUUUCCAGCUUCUACUCCCACCUAGAGGAAAACGAGCAAGUUAUUAAAUCUUUACGACUUCUAAAUGAAAUUAUAUUCGAUAUUGACAAUUUAAUCAGCCAAGAAAGAUUCCGAUGUUUAGAAAAGAUUAAAACCAUCGGUAGUACUUACAUGGCAGCAUCGGGACUCACCCCCCACAAUGCAGUUUACCCACUAGGUGACUCCCCUGUUGAAUCUAAGAACGGGUUUCUAGUCCCACCCAGUGACCGAGUUUCACCCAAAAGCUUGGAUUCCGAGGAAAAUAUUAAAAUGCACGCUGACAUAAGUGCCCACGACGUGAGUCACCUUUGCAUGCUAGCUCACCUUGCGUUGUUGCUCAAACGAGUGAUCGCUGAUAUCAACGUACAUAGUAGUAAAGACUUCAGACUAAGAAUAGGUCUUGCUUAUGGACCAGUUGUGGCUGGGGUUAUUGGAGCCAAGAAACCUCAGUAUGACAUAUGGGGGAAAGCAGUUAACUUGGCAAGUAGGAUGGAUAGCACGGGAUUGCCUGAUACCAUACAAGUACCUGAGGACUUGUACCUUAUUCUUAAGGGGCGGGGGUUCACAUUCAAGUAUAGGGACAUUACAUGGGUAAAGGGAAUUGGAAGGGUGCGGACUUAUUUCUUAACUGGGUGCACGGAAGAAGCGGCGAGAAGGGCGGGGAUCGAUCGUGCUAUCUCGGCCUUGGGGGCCGUAGUGGGGAAAGAUGGCACACUGAUGCUGGGCGAGGCACCAGACCAGGGUCACCAUUCGUUAGCUGAUGUUGUGUUCGGGUUAGUACAAGCGGCGCACCGACAGAAGCGAUACGAAACGGUUGAGGAUGAGAAAGGAGAAGAUAAUCCUGGUUGUGAUGUCAAUAAUCAAGAUGGGGUCUAGUUGUGGGUAAAAUAGGGGGGUAUCACUUGAACUAGCUCACCUAUAUAGAAUAGAAUGUGCAUGUACAAUGUUGGGGUAAUGGACCAACUCUGGCCUAAAUCCCAGGUCCCAUGGAGUGUCUCA